AUGCGACGCAACAAUCGUACCCGUGCAGGAGCAGGUGUGGGCGGUGGAGGAGGAGGAGGAGGAAUAGUGGCAGUUCCGAUCAGUCCUGGCGCUGCUAGUGGUGGCCGGUUGACACGGGCACACGAUAAACGUCAGUGUGAAGAUUACCGUGAUCUUGUGGAGGAGCCCAGCAGUAGCCGUGGUAACAACUUUACGACGUCCAGCCGGAAUUUACCCACAAGGGCAUCGUCCCGGCCGGUCGGUUCCAUCUAUAACAUCACCAGCUUAGAAACCGUGAAACACAAAAUGUCAUCCCUGCUGUCGGGCUAUGGCACGAUAAAGGGACUCUCAGAAUCCAUCCAUCCUGCGGCGCUAAUCGAGCAAGUAGUGCAGGAUAAGAUGAAACAGGACAAAUUGAAGCAAAUGCAGCGUCAGCGACAGCUAGCCGCCUCGGGUGGUGGUGGCCAAUCGUCCGGCAGCAACAGUGCCAUGUUCCGACAGGUGUCCGAAACGCACUUGAUCAUCGAUUCGGAUGGUACGAGCGGAGAGGAGGAAGAAUUGGAGGAGUACGAGGACGAUCUUGUCAUGGCCGAUAUGUGCAUGCAGGCACAAGAGGGUAUGCAGCUGGUCGAGGACGAGGAAAGCGAAAAGUCGGACUUUGAGCAGCCGGAGGUGAACUCAUCAUCGAGCUGGUCGCAGCGCAAGAAGAGGAGCGGAAGGGCGGUCGAUUUGACGGCUUGCGAUACUACCUCGUCCGUACACGACGACGAGGAGGAAGCCGAGGAUGAGGAGGCUGAAGAGGAAGUGUACGAGAUGCAAGAUCAGGAAGAUGACGAAGAGUACGAGGAGCUGGACAACGCUGAUCAGUUCGCGAUGGAAGACGAACCGGAAGGUCCUGACGAAGGACAGUAUCAGGAGGAGGAGUACUGUGAGGAGGAAGAGGAGGAUGAACCUGAACCGAUCGAUACGACCGAUGAUCAACAGCAGGAGGAAGUAGAAGGUUUUGAUGAGGAGGAGCAGGAGGAUGAGAAUGAUGCGAUGUGCGUUGGCGCGCAGGAGGAAGAUGACGUCCAGGAGGUGAUCGAUGUCGAACAACACGAUCAGAUGAGGCAGCAAAGCUUCGCCCAAAAGAAGCAACAAAGUGGCAGCUCUUAUGGUGACAGCAGUGACAGAACGUCCCGGGAACCUCAACAUAAGGAUAGCGUCAUUUACAAUGGUACACAUACGGCGGCGCCCCAGCUAACGCAAAACGAGUUGAACGAGGAAGAGAUGGUCAAAAUAUCGGCCAUCAAUACUAAAGUUCAACUUAACGACCAGGACAAAGUUAGUUUGGACGACUUCGAGAUGCUAAAAGUGCUUGGAACCGGAGCCUACGGAACGGUGUUCUUGGUGCGAAAGACGACUGGUGUAGAUAAGAACAAAAUUUAUGCCAUGAAGGUGUUGAAGAAGGGUAUCGUAAGUCUGAAGAAAAAGACGGCAGAACAUACAAGAACCGAACGACAGGUGCUUGAAGCGAUACAGGAGGCUCCGUUUCUGGUAACGAUGCAUUACGCCUUCCAGACGGAAUCGAAGCUGUACCUGAUACUGGACUAUGUGAUCGGUGGGGAACUGUUCACGUUGCUUUGUAAACGAUUACUCUUCGAAGAAUCCGCAGUGCAGAUCUACAUUGCCGAGAUAAUAGUUGCAAUUGAGCAUCUUCACAAGCUGGGUAUCGUAUAUCGGGACAUUAAGCUGGAAAACAUUCUGGUUGACAAGGACGGCCACAUCGUACUGACGGACUUUGGCUUGUCCCGCGAACUCACGUACCAACACGAGCGUGCGUACAGCUUCUGCGGUACGGUUGAAUAUAUGGCACCGGAAAUAUUGAAACCACUUAAAGACGGGCACGACACUGCCGUCGAUUGGUGGUCGGUCGGUGUCCUGACGUUCGAGCUGCUAACCGGCGCUUCACCAUUCGCGGCCGAACCGAAUGAUAUCGCUAAACGCAUCACCGAGACGGAGGCAAUUAUUCCGGAAAAUCUAUCACCGGAGGCGACCGAUUUUAUUCGCAAGCUAUUGGUGAAGGACCCGCGGCGACGGCUCGGCAGUGGCAAGACCGAUGCAUCCGAGCUGAAGUCGCACCCGUUUCUGCGCUCCAUCAACUGGUCGCGGUUGAUACGGAAACAGAUACAGGCACCGUUCCCACCGGUUGCCGAGAAUGAACGCGAUACGCGCAACUUUAGCUCCGAGUUUACCAAGCAGGAUGUUGUGGAAAAUCCGUGCGCUCCGCCAAAGAAUGCUGAUCGGUUGUUUAGAGGAUAUUCAUACGUUUCACCGAAGCUGCUUACCAAAAACGUUACGGAUCGGAACAAGUUUAUCCCGAUCCACAAUAUGCGGCCGCAGGAGAGCUAUGUUAGGCAAAAUGCGUCAAAGCAAUCGGCUUUCUUCAGAAAGUACACGCUGACGAACGACUCAGCUAUUGGAUUUGGCACGUAUUCGACGUGUCUCAGAUGCCAGCGGCUGCGCAGUAACAAUUUCUACGCCGUUAAAGUCCUGUUCAAUCACCCGCAAACGGCUGGUUUUGCCAAACGCGAGGCGGAAGUAUUGCGCCAAUGUCAGGGUCAUCCUAAUGUAACGCAGUUCGUCGAGAUAUUGGAAGACAACAACUACAUCUAUCUCGUGCUGGAAUUACUCGAGGGUGGCGAGCUUCUUCAACGCAUCAACCGGCAACCCGGUCAGCAGACGGAGUCGCGAAUACGUGGCUACUUUUCCCAGCUGGUCGAGGUGGUCGCGCACGUUCAUCGGCAAGGUUUCGCACACCGGGAUUUGAAGCCGGAAAAUGUACUCUUCGAACGAUCGUCGUCGGAUCGGUUACGGCUGAUCGAUUUCGGGUUUGCCGAGCGGCUCGACGGCAACUGUGUCGAACCCCGGCUUCCGGCCGGUACGGUUGGCUAUGCAGCUCCAGAAGUGAUGGGUCACGUACAAGCGGAUGGUACCUCCUCCUCGUCUUCCGCCUCUUACUCGCUCGAAACGACCGAUCUAUGGUCGCUCGGAGUUAUCCUCUACACGAUGCUGUCUGGCCGGGCACCGUUCAUACCGAGCCGGUACUUUUUCCACGAUAAUCUUGCGUCGACAUCAAAGGAGAUGGAUAUGAUAACCGACAAAAUAAAGCGCGGUUCGUUCGAUCUGAGCUCGAGCAUCUGGUUUGGUGUGAGUGAAAGUGCAAAGAAUCUAGUGCGAUCGCUGCUUACCGUUAACCCGCAGCACCGUAUUACGAUGCUAGAGCUGCAGAGUCACGAAUGGUUGAGCGAAAAUGUUGGCAAGCGUCGUGGACAGCAUUCAUCACUAUCCGCGUACAGUCGUGGUUUGCCAAAUCAUACCAAGCAAUCGUUCGGCAAGCUGCAGGUGAAAGUACGCAACACAUAUGAAGCAUUUAAGCUUGCCGAAAAGUGUGGGCUUCGAUUGCAUAAUGAACACCCCAGCCGACAAAGGAGUGUUAGCACAUUGCCGCAAACGACUGCUCCAUCGGAUCAGGAGUGUAGAACCACAAGCAACGGUACCAACAACGGUGAACUGUUGGAAAAAUCUAAUUCAAUAACAACCGUAGUGCCUAAUCAUCAUAACGCUCUCAGUAGUAAAAGUAGCAGUAGCAUUAGCAUAAAUAGCAGCGGUAGCAAAACCAAACGAAUACACCAACAGAACGAUAGAAAGAAGGGCGUCGGCACUCACCCGGCAUCGAGCACGAAAUCAAUCGAAUCGCAGUACAGCAGUUCGAUGGAGGAAAGCACAUCGAGCGGUAUCGGACGUAGCAAAAGUAGCAAAAGCAGUCUGUCCCAUUCUGGCAGUCCGGUGCGUGAUACGCGCCAAAUGUCCAACAGUUCCGUCAUCAUCGUUAUUGAGGAUGAAGAUGAGCGGGAAGCGCACCGUAAUGAAUCUUUACCUGAAGAUAUUAGCAGUGUCGCAACAAACGAACAGGCUGAAGCUUCCAUUGCAGGCGAGGAUAUUUCGCUUGGAACGGAUAGUUUGACUAAGCAAAAGACGGAGAGUGCGAAUGAGAUAAAUGAGGAUGAACAAACGGAUGAAAUUGUUAUCGAUGUGGAGGAAGAAGAGACGAGCAAGGACGCAGAGACGGACAAGAUGGCAUCGGAAACGAUUCCCAGCAGCAGGAAGUCUAGCGAGGCCGAAAAUAAUAACAAUGACGUGGUGGAUGGUUUAGUACCAACGACGAAACAGCAACACCAUCAAAUCGAUAGCGUUAGUGUGGCACGUGUGACGAUGGAAGUGCGUCAAAUUAUGAAUGAAGAAGAAUUUUCAGAUACGACUAAAGAGUUAUUAGGAGCUACUAUAAACGUAGAACCGGUGCUGCAUAGUAUACAAGAUAUGAAGGAGAGCAAAAAAGCUCCUAGGAACGAUAGGAAAAACGAGCAACCAGCUGCACAUUCAACGGUCCUCCCCGAAGCUAGCGGCAGUAACAUUAGUAACGUGAACGCUACCGCACCACAUCGGACAAGUGUGACGAUAAAAAAGGAACGAAGUGAGAACCUUGUGCAACACGUACCCGGCACCGCUGAUAAUUAUUCGUCCGAUCAGUCCCUCGGUUUGGAGAACCUUCUGCAAGAAUCGCAGGCGUUUGUGGGAUAUAAAGACACGGAUUGUACGCUGCUGGAGCGCACACUAUCGGUUCAUUCCGACAGCGACGACGUCAUGUAUCUCGGUUGCAGUGAAGCGGACGAACCUUUCUUUGGGUUCGAUGAAGAUGAGUGGUAUCGAUGUAACGGCUGUGAUAGCUACCAACAGAAAAUACGAUCCACGUUUUUCAAGCAAGAAAAGAAGCGCAAAAUUGCGUAUCCGUACGGCGGUUUGGGUACCAUCGUAAAAAAGGAACGGGAAGAAGCGAUAAUCGUCAAAAGGGAACCGGUGCAAGCGGUAAUCGUCAAGCAGGAACCGGUACGAAUAACCAAACGACGAGCGGAAGUAUCGUGCGAUGAUGUAGUGUAUGAACCGCGUCCAAAGAAUUUGCGGCAAAUCGCUCGAAAAAACUAUAAAGAAACAAAGCGGCUAAAUCCGACGUAUCUGUCAAUUGACAUCAAGCGUGAAGUGUGUUGAGCUGAGCAGGAUAACCAGGGAUUGCAGGGAGUAGUUGUGCCACGCGGCGGAGCGCAUGGUGGUGUUAUCGGUACGAUUAGGUAGGAGUUUGGCUAUUUAUUUAUUUCUUUCCAUCCACCAAAGUUUGUCCGAUUCACCAAACAUCUUUUUCUAAUACAUUUUCCUACCGUUUACCGCGGAGAGAUCUUUUAUAGGGCGCGUGUUAGCGUUAGCGAAAUACCAUUGGGCGUGUUCGCCUUUUAUUUCCGUAGAUCUUCAUUGUAUACCUUCAUUGCUUAAGAGUAGAUGUUUGUUCAAACAGUCAAUAGGAUCGAACAGUUUUUGCCCAUACACACAGAACUCUCCUUAUCUGUCUCUCAUGUAUUAUGCAAAGUAAUUCUUAAAAUCACCGAAUGAAGAAAUGGACCGUGUUUAAGCCCAAUCAUAAAUUUAGUAUAAUGUAAUUAGGAAGCGAUUGAAAUAUUCGUUCCACAACGAAUAUGCGUUGGUUUUUUGGAAACUUAAAUACUUCUUUGUAGGAACUUUCUUUGUGCAUAUAUUGUUUGUUACUGUAGUUUUAUUUUUUUUAUUAUUUUUAUUACCAAUCUAUUUUAUACCAUCCCGGGGUACGGUGAUGCUAAUUAAUUCAAUGGAACGAUUUUGUAGGAUGUUAGUUUGUUUUGCGGCAAUAGUAGAGGAUUGUCGAUAAGUAUUUAGGUUCAAAGUACUACUGCAAUGGCAACGGCUAGGAAAUAAUUUCCUACAGUUUAGUUUCCUUUUAAUCUGUACAUAACAAGAGAAAGUGCACUUACAAUGAAGAAUGUUGGUCUUCAUUUUUCAGGACGACAGACAAAAACGAAAUGUGAACUUUGCUGUACGUUUGCGUAGAAUCUCAUCCAUUUAUAAACGGAUUGUGCUGCGUAUUCGAGUGGCGCAACUUACUUUUGCGUAACAAUUGUUAGCAUAAGUAUCAAAUAUAGCAAAGAGAGGGAGAGAGAGAGAGAGAUUUAGAGAGAAAAACAGGUAGGAAACAUUCAAGGUUUUCAAACAGACAAAACAAACAAAUCAAAUCAACACACACAAGCGUUACAGAUAGGACUAGUAAUAGGCAGAUAAACAGUGUAAUAAGCAAACACAGUGAUCGCACAUGAACAGUAAAACAGUGUCGGUUUUUUCCCCAAAAUCUUCCAUAUCCUUAUAAAGUAAUUCGAUGUAGAAAUAUGUCACAUAUUGUUCGACGAAUUUAGUAGCGGGCAUUGUCCCCAUACAAGCGAGAAAAAAAUUGUCGACACGACGGCCCCGGCGAUCAUUUUUCCUUUUUAGCGAGAGUUUAUGCAAAGUAAACAGUUUGCAUGUUUUGAGCUACAAACAAAAAAGAACAACACAAUCUCACACACAUACACACGGAGUUUUAAGAUAAGAUUUGUAUAUAGAAAUUCUUUUACCGAAUAUCUACAUCCGUACUUUUCGUUUUUCGUAGUUUAGUUACGAGUUGUACAUAUAAAUAUAUAAAUGUGUGUG